UGAUUAUUAGGAAAAAUGAGAUCUCACGAAAACUAGGGGAAAGGCCGAAUGCAAUGGAAAGAAUAGAAUUAGAUGAAGCAAUGCUACAAGGGCAAGCAGACAUAUGGCGUUACAUGUAUAGCUUCGCAGAUGCCAUGGCGCUUAAGUCUGCUGUUGAGCUCCGCAUAGCUGACAUAAUACACUCUAAUGGUGGCGCCACCACUUUGUCGCAAAUAGCUUCAUGCAUUAAUGGUGGCCUUACUUCACCUGACAUCACCACCCUUGCUCGUAUAAUGAGAUUGCUCAUUCGUAGAAAGAUUUUCACCGUCCACCAUCCUUCAGAUGGUGGAGAUCUCUUGUACGACCUAACUCACUCAUCAAGAUGGCUUCUACAUGAUUCGGAGCAAACCCUGGCGCCCAUAGUAUUAAUGAAUAACCAUACAUGGCAGAUGGCUCCUUGGCACUACUUCAGCCAAUGCGUGAAAGAAGGGGGCAUUGCCUUCAAGAAAGCUUAUGGGUGUGAGUUAUGGGAUUUAGCAUCGAGAAAUCCUGAUUUGAACAAGCUUUUUAAUGAUGGCAUGGCUUGUACAGCCAAAGUCGUCACCAAUGCAAUCCUGUCGAGUUACAAACAAGGGUUGAGCUCCAUUGGAUCGUUGGUCGACGUAGGAGGUGGGACAGGAGGCUUAAUAUCAGAGAUCGUCAAAACAUAUCCACACAUGAAAGGUAUUAACUUUGAUUUGCCGCAUGUCGUCUCGAUGGCACCAACAUACAAUGGGGUCUCCCAUAUUGGUGGUGACAUGUUUCAUGCCAUUCCAAAUGCUGAUGCAGUCAUUAUGAAGUGGAUAUUGCAUGAUUGGACUGACGAGGAGUGCAUAAAAAUAUUAAGGAAUUGUAAGAAAGCAAUACCAAGAGAGAAUGGAAAAGUGAUAAUUGUUGAAAUAAUUUUGAAAGAAGAUGGAAGUGGAGUGUUUGAUGAUAUUGGAUUUGUGAUGGACCUCGUAAUGUUUGCACAUACCAAUGGUAAGGAGAGAACAGAGGCGGAAUGGAAGAAAAUCUUGGAAGGAGGAGGCUUUUCUCACCACAAAAUCAUUAACAUCCCUGCAUUGGUUUCCAUCAUAGAGGCGUAUCCUGAUGCUCAGUAGCUUUUCAGCAUAAUGCCAGUGGUGGGGAUUUAAUUUCCUAUUUUAUGAAUCUUCCUUUGUUUCAUUUAGGCGUCAAUAAAUGUAUGUGAUUGUGUUAUUCUCUGUUUUCUUAUUCUCUAUUGUAAUGGGUCAAAUUUAUCCGGCCCAAAAUAAAAUAAUAAUAAAUAAAACAAUAUAUUAAAUUCCAAUAAAAAAUAA